GGGACAAAUUGCUUAGCGGCAGCCAGGACGUGUUCAAGUGCUGUAGGCUCCCAGCAAUGCUUAGGCUUAUGGUUCUCUUGCAUAAGAAUCAUCUGAAGGAGAACCAUGGAAGUUCUCUGUGGUUGCUGUGUGCGGUGGUCUAGUGAGGAAAAAGUUGACGCACUUCUUACGGGCUGCUGUUUGCCUCGCAGAUUCCGGGUCCCACACGGUGUUGUGGAGAAGUUGUUCACAGUGUCAACAGGUAACCAGCAAUGAGAACCUGCCCGUUACAGUGGAAAACCCAGUUCCAAAGUAGUACUUCCUGGUGUUGCCUGUGACUGGAGAGAAUUUAGUGAAGGUGCUUUUGGCAGUAUGGCUAGCUGUCUGCAAGAAUUCUAUCACGUAGAAUAUAGUGCCAAGAAGUAACUGCCCAGAAACAUUUCUCAAAUGCCUAGAUGUGCUAGAAGGUGAAAAUUUUGGAGAUGGCCACUUCUUUGGAAUAGCCCGAUGCCAUCAAGUCUCUGAAGCAAGGGGAUGGGAAGAGGAAAAGCUGCAUCACAAGAUUCAUCUGAUCCGUUUUGAAGCCAAGGUGGAUGAUGCUCUCAGGGCUGAACCACUGACCAGAGCUGUGCACAGUUGUCAUUUUCUCUUUGGCCAUCUGUUGAGAGAAGAUGGAAGACUCUUACAAGGAUAGGACUUCACUGAUGAAGGGCGCCAAGGACAUUGCCAGAGAGGUGAAGAAGCAAACAGUCAAGAAGGUGAAUCAAGCAGUGGACAGAGCCCAGGAUGAAUACACCCAGAGGUCUUACCAUCGGUUCCAAGACGAAGAAGAAGAUGAUGAUUAUUACCCACCUGGAGAAACCUAUGAUGGGGAGGCCCGUGACGAUGAAGGCUCCAGUGAAGCUACUGAGGGUCAUGAUGAAGAUGAUGAAAUCUAUGAAGGGGAGUAUCAGGGAAUCCCCAAUACAAACCAAGGGAAGGACAGUAUUGUAUCGGUGGGGCAGCCCAAGAGCGAUGAAUAUAAGGACCGACGGGACCUGGAGUCAGAGCGGAGAGCUGAUGAGGAAGAACUAGCCCAGCAGUAUGAGCUGAUCAUCCAAGAAUGUGGUCAUGGCCGUUUUCAGUGGGCCCUCUUCUUUGUGCUAGGCAUGGCCCUCAUGGCGGAUGGUGUGGAGGUGUUUGUCGUUGGCUUCGUGUUGCCCAGCGCAGAGACAGACCUGUGCAUACCAAAUUCAGGAUCCGGAUGGCUAGGCAGCAUAGUGUACCUCGGGAUGAUGGUGGGGGCGUUCUUCUGGGGAGGACUGGCAGACAAAGUGGGAAGGAAACAGUCUCUUCUGAUUUGCAUGUCUGUCAACGGAUUCUUUGCCUUCCUUUCUUCAUUUGUCCAAGGUUAUGGCUUCUUUCUCUUCUGUCGCUUACUUUCUGGAUUCGGGAUUGGAGGAGCCAUUCCCACCGUGUUUUCCUACUUUGCGGAAGUGCUAGCCCGAGAGAAGAGGGGUGAACAUCUCAGCUGGCUCUGCAUGUUCUGGAUGAUUGGUGGCAUCUAUGCCUCUGCCAUGGCCUGGGCCAUCAUCCCUCACUAUGGGUGGAGCUUCAGCAUGGGGUCGGCCUACCAGUUCCACAGUUGGCGGGUGUUUGUGAUCGUCUGCGCCCUCCCCUGCGUCUCCUCUGUGGUGGCCCUCACGUUCAUGCCCGAAAGCCCACGGUUCUUAUUGGAGGUUGGAAAACAUGAUGAAGCUUGGAUGAUUUUGAAGUUAAUUCAUGACACAAACAUGAGAGCACGGGGUCAGCCUGAGAAGGUCUUCACAGUAAACAGAAUCAAAACCCCAAAACAAAUAGAUGAGCUGAUUGAAAUUGAGAGUGACACGGGAACGUGGUACAGGAGGUGUUUUGUUCGGAUUCGCACAGAACUAUACGGAAUUUGGUUGACUUUCAUGAGAUGUUUCAACUACCCUGUCAGGGAAAAUACAAUAAAACUUACAAUUGUUUGGUUCACCCUGUCAUUUGGGUACUAUGGAUUAUCUGUUUGGUUUCCUGAUGUCAUUAAACAUCUGCAGUCGGAUGAAUAUGCAUUAUUAAUUAGAAAGGUGCAGAAAGAGAAAUAUGCAAAUUUCAGUAUUAACUUUACAAUGGAAAAUCAGAUUCACACUGGAGUGGAAUACGACAAUGGCAGAUUUCUAGGUGUCAAGUUCAAAUCUGUAACAUUCAAAGAUUCAGUUUUUAAGGCCUGCACCUUUGAGGAUGUGACUUCACUUAACACUUACUUCAAGAACUGCACCUUUAUUGAUACUGUUUUUGACAACACAGAUUUUGAGCCAUAUAAAUUCAUUGACAGUGAAUUUCAAAACUGCUCAUUUUUUCACAACAAGACCGGAUGCCAGAUUACCUUUGAUGAUGACUAUAGUGCCUAUUGGAUUUAUUUUGUCAACUUCCUGGGGACACUGGCAGUGUUGCCAGGGAACAUUGUGUCUGCUCUGUUGAUGGACAGAAUCGGGCGCUUAACAAUGCUAGGGGGCUCCAUGGUGCUUUCAGGGAUCAGUUGUUUCUUCCUUUGGUUCGGCACCAGUGAAUCCAUGAUGAUAGGCAUGCUGUGUCUGUACAAUGGAUUGACCAUCUCGGCCUGGAACUCUCUGGAUGUGGUCACAGUGGAAUUGUACCCCACAGACCGGAGGGCAACAGGCUUUGGCUUCUUGAAUGCACUUUGCAAAGCAGCGGCCGUGCUUGGAAACUUAAUAUUCGGCUCCCUGGUUGGCAUCACCAAAGCAAUCCCCAUCCUGCUGGCCUCCACUGUGCUCGUGUGUGGGGGACUGGUGGGGCUGCGCCUUCCUGACACACGAACCCAGGUCCUAAUGUGACAGAGAAGAACCAUCGCCUGUGUCCAUGCUCCCGACUGACUCAAAGCUUCAGAUUGUUCAGCUCAAGAAAGGUGGUCAAAUAGCAGAACACUGAUACUUGCUGUGACUAAAAUGUAGAUGCGUACCAUCUUGCCCCUUCAGUGUGAUUUUGCACAGGUUUUUUUCUUCCCCCAUGUAAUCUUUCCUAACUGUGAUGCUACUGCCUUCUAAAAAUCAGUGGAAGCAUUUUUAAAAUGUCCUAGUCAGCUGGGCCUCACUGAGAUUCUGCUGGCUGAAGGUUUAGAAGCAAAGAAGAGGACUGUGCUGCUGUAAGAAAUAGAUCCUGUUCCUAAUUCAACACUCACAGGAAAUAUAAGUUGGCAUAUUAUUUAGCAUUUGUGCUGAGGAGAGGGUUUUUUUUUUUUCUUUUUUUUAA